CCAGCGGCAGAGGAUAAAGCAUCUGGGCUGAGCGCGGCCGCCCUCUUCUGCGGCUGCAAAGCGCAGGAAGGGUCUCUCCGUCCGCUGACCUGGAGCGAGAGCGGGUGGCGGCGGCCACUGCAUGCUUUUUGCCUGCUAAGGUUUCGAAGAAUUAAUAAUUCAGGCAACAAUUUGAAAGUUGAAACCAUCGGUCGGUGCUUUCUGAAGUCCCAGGAGGGCUCAGGCAGAGCACGAUCUGGUUUUGAUGCACAUCAGAGAAGCGCUGAGAAGGAAGGCGCCUCCUCUUCUCCAUUUCGGCGGGAGCAAGCGGCCUUGUAGUGAUGCCUAUCCCCAGCAAGCACCCCAACAUAGGUCGUUCGCAAAGCUGGGAUGCUGCCGGCUGGUACGAAGGCAACUGGGAGAGCGAGAACGCCUUCGAGUACCAGAGGCCACCGGGUCGGAGGAGCUCCCUGACCUAUGGAGGUGAGGGCGGCUGGUAUGAGCCACAGCGAGCGAACGAUAUCAUCUUGCAGGGCGGCGCAGAGCUGAAGCAAGAGGCGUACCCGUACCAGGAUGCCACCUUCCCUCCAGCACCCCUCAGGAAAGGCUCAGUCCCUGAUUUCACCUACUACGACCGGCAGGCAGCCAUGGCGGGACGGGGCUCCCUGCCACCCCAGGAUUACUACAGCGACCCGUCUCUGUCAGCUAGAUCGCCCAAGGACCCUCGCUACUACCGCGACCAUGUGGUGGGCAGGUCACCGGCAAGCUAUGGGGCUCCCGGUAGCCGGCUGUCCUGGGACCAAGCCCCUGGGCGCUCACCCACCGUGCCAGAGGCUGCUCGCCUCUACCGGGACCCCAAGUUGGCUUUGGACGGGCAGCGGAUGCGUGGCAGAGAUGUCUCCAUGCCACGGUACGGUGUGGAGCCCACUGCCCCACGGUACGCAGCAGAGCCGCCCACCUUCCCCGGCAGGCAGGCGUACAGCGAUGGCGCGGAGCGACCCCCUGAGCCGACGGGGGGCAGGCAGGCAGCCCCCACCUGCCUGGUGGUGGAUCCCAUUGGCAGCGCUGGCAGCGGCUAUGGGCCAGGACGGGAGAGCAGUGGUGCCAAGGGCCCCUAUGACAGCUACGAGGCAGCAGUGGUGACCCCUUCCCACCCGCCGGUGCCCCCCGCUUUCCCUGGAGUGGAGGGAAAGAGGAGCUUCGACCCUGAGUUCGUGGCGCUGCUGCGCGCGGAGGGUGUCUCAGAAAGCACCUUUGCCGCCCUGAUGCAGCAGGGCUUUGACUCCCCAAACCUACUGGCUAUGAUGGAGGAGAACGACAUCAAGUCUGUGGCUCCAAACCUGGGGCAGGCGCGUGUGCUGUCCCGCAUCGCCCACAACUACAAGGCAGAAAUGCAGCUGCAGAGGCAGCAGCGGAGCAGCGGAGCACUACGCCCCCGCACUCGCUCCAACAGCUUCAGCCACCGCAGCGAGCUGCCGAGCGACUAUGGGAUAUCCCUCGGCUCAGGACCCACUGCAGAUGGCCCGGCUGCCCCACAGCCCCCACCUCCGCUGCAGCCGGUCUCCCCAAGGGCAGGGGAGAUGCAUCGCCGGCCAUCCAGUGCUCCAACUCAGCAUCUGUUGGAGACCACUGCCUACCCUGCCUCCGUGGUGGCUCCUCAGGGACCACACUUCCUCCCUGGUUCUGGAUACAACACCCCCCUGCCUUGCAACACGCACCCGCGUCCAGCCUCUGCCUACUCCACUCCAGUUGGCAUGCCCAUGACCACGACCAACCCUCACACCAGCCCCAAAACAGCCUACUCCACCACCUACACUGUCCCCAUGGAGCUUAUGAAGAGGGAGCGGACAACGGCAGCGUCGCCGGCACCCAGCCCACAUGGCAGCCCACAGCUCCUCCGCCGGCCGGGAGCACCGGGAGACGGCAGCCUGGCACCUACUGGACCCAGUUUUCCUGCCCAGCUCUCCCCAUACCCGAAGCUCAGCAGGCGCACAGGGCCCCCUGUCAUCGUCUCCACCAUGGCAUCACCUGAACCAAGUAUUCGCCCUCAAAUCAUGAACGGCCCCAUGCACCCCCGGCCCCUGGUGGCACUGCUGGACGGGAGAGACUGUACAGUGGAGAUGCCCAUUUUGAAGGACUUGGCGACGGUUGCAUUCUGUGACGCACAAUCAACUCAGGAGAUUCAUGAGAAGGUAUUAAAUGAAGCUGUUGGGGCAAUGAUGUACCACACCAUCACACUGACUCGAGAAGACCUAGAGAAGUUCAAGGCCCUACGGGUCAUUGUUCGAAUAGGCAGUGGCUAUGACAACAUCGACAUCAAAGCUGCGGGAGAGCUUGGGAUCGCCGUCUGCAACAUCCCCUCGGCUGCAGUGGAGGAGACGGCCGACUCCACCAUCUGCCACGUCCUCAACCUCUACCGGCGAAACACAUGGCUCUACCAGGCGCUGCGGGAAGGCACGCGGGUGCAGAGCGUGGAGCAGAUCCGGGAGGUGGCCUCCGGCGCUGCCCGCAUCAGGGGGGAGACGCUUGGCCUCAUCGGCUUCGGUCGCACUGCACAGGCAGUCGCAGUCCGAGCCAAGGCAUUCGGCUUCAACGUGAUAUUUUAUGAUCCAUACCUGCAGGAUGGGAUAGAGAGGUCCCUGGGAGUCCAACGGGUCUACACACUCCAGGACCUGCUCUAUCAGAGCGACUGUGUCUCGUUGCACUGUAACCUUAACGAACAUAACCAUCACCUCAUCAAUGACUUCACGAUUAAGCAGAUGAGGCAGGGAGCGUUCCUGGUGAACACAGCACGUGGAGGGCUGGUGGACGAGAAGGCCUUAACUCAAGCUCUCAAGGAGGGACGGAUACGAGGGGCUGCGCUUGAUGUGCAUGAGUCUGAACCAUUUAGUUUUGCUCAAGGCCCAUUGAAAGACGCUCCUAAUUUAAUCUGUACUCCGCACACGGCUUGGUACAGUGAGCAGGCAUCACUAGAGAUGAGAGAAGCUGCUGCUACUGAAAUACGGCGUGCGAUCACAGGACGCAUCCCAGAAAGCCUAAGGAACUGUGUGAAUAAGGAAUUCUUUGUCACAACAGCUCCAUGGUCAGUAAUAGAUCAGCAAGCAAUUCAUCCAGAGCUCAAUGGUGCCACAUACAGGUAUCCACCUGGGAUGGUCAGUGUCGCACCAGGAGGAAUUCCAGCAGCUAUGGAGGGCAUCAUUCCUGGAGGCAUCCCCGUUACUCACAAUCUUCCCACAGUGGCACAUCCUUCCCAAGCUCCAUCUCCUAACCAGCCCACAAAACACGGGGACAACAGGGAACAUCCCAACGAGCAAUAGCAGAUAAUUUAAAAAUCAUUCAAUAAACUUGGGACCAAGAGACAUUGGAAAAGAAGUUAUACGUGAACUAAAAAACAAUUUGAUACGAAAUUUGCAAUGUUGAUUUUGGACAGAUGCAUCAUUGAUGUUCCAGUGUUAACGACAAAGCGAUAGCAGUCAAGACUGGGGAGAAGCCCUCAAGAAGUCACCUGCUUACCGAAGAGCUGAAAACUAGGAUGUGAUUACAUUGAUGAUCAACUUCUGUUAUUGUGUGUUAAGUUUCCUUCAUUUGUGCAUCAAUCACAUGAAUAAAAAUAGAUUUUUUUUCCCUUCAAUUCCUUGGGAAGGACAGGGCUUCUGCACCUGUUUUCAAACCAUUGCAUUAAGCAAUCCUUUUGGAGUUAACAUAGAAAUGUAAGAGGAAACCAUUAUGUGGCUUCAGCCCUUUCCUUACUCUUGUAUCUGGUUACCUCUUCUAACGAGGGGCAUCAGUGCUGGCUUAGAAGAAAAGAAAAAACCAAACCCAAAUAAUAAUCCUUUUUGCAGUUUCACAGGGCCAGUGAUGUGUAACAGAAGUUCUCCUGCCAGGUUUAAGUUCUAGCCAUUCCAGCCAGGAUCCGUGGGAUGGGGAGGGCAGAAGGGGCUCCUGGCAAUGGCCACUGCCUUCCCAGGCUAAAGACAAAACAACCUGCCAGUCUCUUCUCUGCCUGAUACACUGAAUAAAGUAGCUGUGCAUUCACCUCUGCCCUGCAAUGAUGCAAGAAAAAAAGAUUUAAACAAAAA